CAAAUCUGUAAUCGAUCAGCUGAUAUCUAUUUGAAAUGACAUAACCAACAAUACCUUAACAUACUACAAUAAUAAAUUAUAUUUUUCUUUACAAUAUUUUCAUUUUAAAGUUAACAACGUGAUUUGUGGCCAACGAUGUCGUCCUACAAAUAUAACGAUUUAAUUAAGUUGGGCACACAAUAUGCACGCCGGAUGAAUUUCCUUUCCAAUCGCAUUUUUGGUGAAGUCGCGCGUACAACCAAUGAAAAGUCGAUGAAGGUAGUUCGCAUGUUCGCGGAGGAGCCGGUGCAUAAGCGAGAUUCGUUGAAUAACUGGUAUCCUCGACAUGUAGAGACACAUAUUCUCAUGAAAAAUCUUCGUGCUUAUGGCUUAUUCCGUGACGAGCACGAAGAUUUUAAAGAGGAAAUGAAACGUUUGAGACGGCUACGUGGUAAAGCUGCACCAAAGAAGGGUGAAGGCAAGCGAGCGAAGAAAUAGAGUACUUGUGUUUACUUUUUAAAAUAAAGAUAUUUUUAGUUAUA